GCAUUUUGGCUCCACAGACACUGAGCUCAGUGUGAAGACGUCCGACCCAGCGGAGACAUCAUGCGCUGUCUGCUUCCUUUCAUUCCUUUCCUCUCGCUGUGCCUGGUCUCGACGAAGGGAAACGGGGACCUGGACCCCGUCAUGCCCUUUAUGGUGCACCUGGACCCGGACAGCCUGGUGUCCCUGAAGUGGGGCUUUGACAAUGUGCAGGGAAUAAUGACCUUCCAACUGGCCGUCAACACGACGGGGUGGGUGGGCAUCGGCUUCAGUCCCAACGGAGGGAUGAAGGGCUCAGACCUGGUCAUAGGAGGCUAUGGAACAGAUGGAAGCUAUUUUGCCGACUAUCAUGCGACUGGGAACUCCAGGCCUUUGGUGGAUGAACAACAGAGCUACACCCUCCUGUCCACGAGCGAAACCGACGGUCAGACCGUUCUAACUUUUCAGAGGCCCCUCCGGACAUGUGAUGACCAGGACGUUGAGAUUACUGCUCAGCCUGUCAAGUUGAUUUACGCCUACGGCACAACAGAUGAUAUAAGUUACCACGGCGCCCGCAGAGGCACCAGGGAGAUCAACCUCCUCAACUACACUCCCAGGACCGCCUCAUCCAGCUCCAACUACCUCGACGUCACCGUGAAUAUAACCGUCCCUCCUGUGCAGACCUACUACCACUGCAAGGUCAUGAGCUUUUCAAACUUAAUUACGAAACUCCACAUAUAUGAGGUGGAACCGAUGAUUGAGAACCGAGACCUUGUUCAUCACAUGCUCCUGCACCGUUGCCCUCUCUUCGUGAGGGAAGAAUAUGACGGGCCGUGCUUCCAGGGGGACAUGGGGGACCGCUGCUUCGGGGUCGUGGCUGCCUGGGCAGUGGGAGGAGAGGCUACGACACUUCCAGAAAGUGCAGGGAUUCCAAUAGGAGGAGGAGAAGGAAGCACUUUCUAUAGGCUGGAAAUCCAUUACAACAAUCCAAACUCUGUAAAAGGCAGGAGAGACACCUCGGGACUGAGACUACACUACACGACUAACCUGCGCCAGCAUGACGUGGGCAUCCUGACCGCCGGUGUGCUGGAAGUUGGCCAUCUGAAGUACAACAUCCCUCCGAAUGCCGAAGAGUUCCACACCUAUGGGGUGUGUAACACCACUGUGAUCUCCCAGCUUGUGAAUCCGAUGCCUGACCUUCAAAUGUUCGCUGUGAUUCUGCACACGCACCUGACGGGAAGGAAAGUCAGAGUUGGGCAAUAUCGAGACGGAAAGCAAAUCGACUUCCUUGGCCUUGAUGAAAACUACGACUUUGAUCUACAGCAAGUCACCCACUUAGGAAAGGUUAAAACCGUCAAGCAGGGGGAUGACAUUGUGGUGGAGUGCACCUACAGUACUGUCAAUCGUACUGCAGUCACUAGGAUGGGCUUAGCGACCACAGAUGAGAUGUGCCUGGCCUUCCUGUUCUAUUAUCCUGCAACAAAGAUCUCCCAGUGUAUCAGCCAUCCGAACACAACACAGCUACGAAAUUCAAACUACCAAAUGUCUGAGAGUGAAAUUGUUCAGUAUGAGGGUUUGCUAAAGACGCUACCACAGCUUCAGAUUGUCAGUGAUGAAAAUGCUAGAUUCGCAGUGUACCAAGAGGGAGUCGUCAGGAAGAUGAUGGAGACUCCAAAUGCCACUUGUCAGAGGAAUGCAUCACAGGGACUGUGCACCUCAUGGUUCUUCAAUCCAGCUGGAAUGAUAUUUUUGCUGCUCUGCAUUCUGAUAGAGUAACGUGGUUGUUCCUGUAUGUAGCUAUGCUUUAGAUUUGUUAUUCAAAGGUCAGGUGCCAUAUGGGAAACUGCUGUCCUACGUUAAACUGUUUUGAAAAGAACAAAUAUAGACAAUUACACUCAUCUUUAGGGAAAAAGGGAAAAUGUCAAUGUUUGAGAAUUUUAGGAUAAAUAUGCAAUCAUCUUUUUAGCAUAGGAGCUAUUCUUGUCUGAACCAUGUAUUGUAUGCAAUUGACCAAUAUGGAAUAAACGAUAAAUAAUA